UUGAAGUUUGAUGAUCAUGUAGUGUAUCAAGAAGAAUAUCUAGUCAAUGUACUCCAAUCGAUUUUGCAAGUCGUCGUUGAGAAUGCAAAGGAUAGACCUGUUAUCUUUUCGUCAUUUCAACCAGAUGCUGCUCUGCUCGUCAAGAAACUUCAAAACGCUUACCCUGUAUUUUUCCUCACAAAUGGAGGAAAUGAGAUUUACUAUGACAUAAGAAGGAAUUCAUUGGAAGAGGCCAUAAAGCUAUGCUUAGAGGGUGGUUUGCAGGGAAUUGUUUCGGAAGUCCGAGGGAUCUUUAGAAAUCCAGAGAUGGUGAAAAAGAUCAAAGAAUCGAAGCUCUCUCUCUUGACAUAUGGAAAAUUAAACAAUGUGCCUGAAGCAGUGUAUGUGCAACAUUUAAUGGGCAUCGAUGGAGUGAUUGUGGAUUUGGUUCGAGAAAUAACAGAUUUUGUUUCUAGUAUGGUGAAGCCAACUGAGGAACAAAUUCCAGGACAAGGAAAACCUCGAUUUUCACAAACGGAAUUGGCAUUUUUGCUUAAGCUCAUUCCUGAAUUGAUUCAACAAUGAUUACAUAUAGGUUUCCACUUUUGUACAUAGGUCGAUACUCGUCAGAGUGAAACCUGAAAGCAAUAUCUAACCGAGUGGGAGCAAAUAUUGUUUCUAGGACAAUGUAUUAGAUAGGUGUUUCAAGGUUUCUUCAUACUUGGUUCUUGUUCCUUGUUCCAGUCCUACUUUAAUUUGGUGUUUCGGUUUACGUUUCGCCCCUCUUGAAUCUCGAUUGCUUUUCAACAAUCUAAAAGAGAGAUUUU